ACAUCCAAGCCUUCUUUACUUGAACAUUAACCCUAGUUUAACAGAUAAGAGGAGACCAGAGUCUUUGUUAGGCAGAGUUUGGCCAAAUGAUAUCAAGUCCUCCUCCACCACUGCAGUCACCUGAUGCUGUAGCUGGACUGUAAAAGCCAGCAGGCCUGCCACUGCGGGUUGCACUGAUCCAGAAGCAAGAACCUGAGAGCAGAAACCAGUUUGUCCACAGAAUGAGAAAGUUGUAGUAUUAGUAGUUGUUGGGGUAGUGUAUGUUAUGUGAUGGAGCGGUCAAAUAAUUUAAAUUCUCUCAGUCCUGCUGAGUUGAGGAUGCUGAUCAGGCAGGAAGAUCCCAGAAUAAAAACCACGACUGGAUUAGCUAACGGUUACCAGCAGGCUAACGUUGUCAUCCUGCCCAAUCAUCUGGCCAGUGACUUCGAAGCGUUCUGUCGCAAAAAUCCCGCCCCCUUGCCACUCCUUUAUCGCAGCCAAUCAGGAGAGACUUCCUGUCAGCCUCUUGCCAAAAAUGCUGAUAUAAGGACCGACAUCUCACAGUACUGUGUGUAUGAAGAGGGUCGGCUGGUGAAAACAGUCUCCAGUCUGCAGAGUUACAGCACUCAGCCAAGGAUUGCAUCAGAGCUGCAGGCUGUGCAUCAUGGCCGCUGGUCAGACAUGGUGUGUUUCUAUCUGGGCUGCAGUUUUGGCUUUGAGGGUAGACUGAAGAACGCUGGAGUCCCUGUCAGGAAUGUGGAGCAAGGCACAAAUGUCAGCAUGUACACGACUGCAGUUCCCUGUACUCCUGCAGGAGUGUUCAGCUGCCCUCUGGUGGUCACUAUGCGUCCUGUUCCAGCUGCCAUGUUGGAUGCAGCAGUGGAGGUUACUCACCUCAAUCCUCUAGCACAUGGAGCUCCUGUACACAUAGGAGACCCAGCUCUCUUAGGCAUACAGGACCUGUCCAGACCAGACUAUGGGGACAGAGUAGAGGUGCAGCCCGGCGAUGUCACAGUGUUCUGGGCCUGUGGAGUGACUGCUAUAGAGGCAAUACUCAGCAGCAAGCCUUCUUUGGCAUUCAGUCACUCACCAGGUUGCAUGUUCCUGACUGACAUCCCAGACUCCUCCCCUUCUUCCUCCAUGCCUUCAGCAUCUGAAAGUGUAGACCGGCCCGCCACGGAUCGCAAUCUUGAACUGAUCCCCCGUUGCUUUCUGGUAUCCCAAAAUCCCUUGAUGUACAGUUUGGCAUCUCAGAGGGCUGUGGCAACCAUCAGACAGCUGGAGACGAUUAUUGGAGAGGACCCAGGUGAACGAGGGAUUAGAGCUUUAUUUGUUCAGGAUGAACUUCUGCGCUCCUGUCUGGCACUUUCCCAUGCAUCCUCUGUUGCCAUAACAACCGGCUUCCCCACACACUACCAGCACAGCCCUCCUGACGAGACUGAUGGCCCACCCGGAGCCAUUGCCAUGGCAACCAUGCUGCUGUCGCUAGGGAAACAGGUGACAAUGGUGACAGACAGGAGAGCCCUGGACAUGAACCGAGCCAUCAUUGACGAAGCUGUGAGGAAAGGUGUGCUAAAAUCGGCAAUCCCAUUGGUCACAUUUGAAGACCGCGGCACAGACUCUGCACUACACUUCUUGUGUCACCAUGGAGACCCCAGCAAGCCCAGGUACGACCACCUUGUGGCAAUAGAGCGCAGUGGACGUGCUGGAGAUGGAAACUACUACAACAUGAGAGGAGCGAACAUCAAACAUCUGGUGGAUCCUAUUGAUGACUUGUUUAUUGCUGCCAAGGAUAUACGAGGAAUUACUACUACAGGAAUCGGUGAUGGUGGUAAUGAGUUGGGGAUGGGUAAAGUGAAGGAAAGGGUGAAAACCCUGAUGCCCAAUGGGAGUCUCGUAGCAUGUGAUGUUCCUGCUGACUACGCCAUCACUGCUGGAGUGUCUAACUGGGGAGGAUAUGCUGUGGCCUGUGGGCUCUACCUGCUCCACACCUGCCCCUCCCACCAGCGCUACCUGAAGAAGGGACUGGGACUGGAACACGCAACCCGUCCUGAACAGCUACAGGAGUGGACCGCUAACCUGCCAUCUGUAGCCAAGGAGGAGUCCAUCCUUUCCACUCUGAUGAGUUUUGGGAUAAGAAGCGGGAAAACCGGUCACCUGGCGAUGGAGGUGGAUGGUUUGACCUUUCACCCCACGCACUCCGACAUCAUCACUAGACUACUGAAGGUCACACUGGGCACCACCACCCCAAACCUGUGAUCAACUCAAGCCGUCUGUUCUCUGCAGAAUUUUUAAAAGAGGCACAGCUCAAGUGAAGCUAGGUGAAUUAUCUGUGAGACUGGGGCCAUAGAAAACCUGUGAAUGCUCAUUAAGAGCCCUGAGAAUGAAACACACUGAGGCAAUCAAUGUGCCAAUCGCUGAAAUUCUGUUUCCUCUCUAUUCAAAUUGCAGACAGGAAAAAAGAGAUUGAAAGGAGAGCUGUGUGAGAUGCUGCCUGGGUUACCUUUCAGCCCUCUUCCUUGACUACCAGUGACAAAGCAAAGUAGACUCCAGUAAAAGCAGCUCUCUUUUCUCUCACUCUCUCUCCGUCCACUUCACUAAUACUUACUAAAGUAAUAUGCCUUAAAGAACAGAAGAUGAUUGUAUUGUUGCUGACAGUAAUUCAUGUUAAUGGUUAAUGGUUAAAGCACAGAUUUGUCCCUGAAAUGGGCUCCAUGACAUUUGAACAUCUCCAGGUCCUGGCACCAACAUGCGACUAUUGAGGAAACUCCAACACUUGCCUGACCAAUGGUGUAAUGUCAUCAGUAAGUCAGGGAUAGACUGUGUUUAAUGGGCUGGCCCCAAUUUGCUGAAGUCCUUCCAAAAAGAACAAGAUAUAAGGCUACAUUUUAUACAUCAAAGACAUACGUCACUGUCUAUAAUUAAAGAUGUGCAGAACGAACAGAUCUAAGAUGUUAGCAUGGAUGAUAGCUAACCUCAGGCUGCUUUUCAAAGAGUUACUCUAUACUUUCAAAACACAUCUUAAUAUUGAGGCAUAUUUUAGAUAGCUAAUGAUAUGGAAGUCCUGUGGGAUGCAGAGAUAGAGGAACUGAGCACAUUCCACAGGCUGCUUAACAAGUUGGAUCCUAACUUAAAAUGCACAUUAUGUGGCCUUGAUCUCCAGAUGUAUAAAUCUGUCAAUGCAUGCAGAAGCAAAAGAGACAAACACUCUGGUUGACUCUGGAAAGGAAUACUUUUUUGCCGUGUACUUGUAGCACUUCACCACUUUAUAUUUUGUGUUGUUCUUUUUAAAUACAUUUUACUGCUUAUAAUGCAGUAAAUAGAUGUGUUUUGGUUUGGCCAUUUGAAUUUAUAAAGGAUUGUCCACAAUGCCUCAAACUGUUUAUGUAUUCACUGCUUAGCACAAACCUCAUCAAUAGGCUAUUGUUAAUGUUAAUUUAAAUUCAAGGGGUGUGAAAUAUUGCUAUUCAGGACUGUAUGAGGGGUUGACUCUCAGAAACUACGAUUAACACUGUGGCUGAGCGGUCAGGAAUAAUGUAUUCAACUGUAGUUUAUUGUAGACAAAGUCGAGGGGCUCUCACAAAAAAAAAUUUGUUUUUUUUUAUUGAAAUGAUGACAUUUGAUAAAUAUUUGAUGAUAAUAAUAAAAAAAGGAUGUGAUGCAUCUUACAAAAUGAUAUGCUUCUUACCAAUGCUCCACCCAGUCCAAGGGUCUGUGUUUAUGUAGUCAGACAUUCAGUCAUUGUUGAAUAUUGUUGUAAAAUAAAUAAUAUUAAAAAAUAAUUAUUUUGUACAGAUUAUACCAUAUUUUAGAUUGAGAAUAUAAUAAUGCCACUAAUCUGAAGCCAUUUGUGUGUUUUCUUUCUGCAGUUUUAUAGCAGUUAGGGUUAUGGUUCUGACUGGUGCCUUAAUUAGUGUAUGAUGGAACUGUUUCCCUUGUUAAAUGAAAAAUGAAACUAUGUUUCCAUGAAACUUUGUUUAUCUGAUAUAAGCAGGUGAAUAAACUUUCUUGACAAGA